AUGCCCUUAGAUGUUCUGGGCCGCACGCGCGCUACACUGAAGGAAUCAGCGUGUCCUCCCUGGCCGAGCGGCCCGGGUAACCCGCUGAACCUCCUUCGUGCUAGGGAUUGGGGCUUGCAAUUGUUCCCCAUGAACGAGGAAUUCCCAUUUUGGUGUAUAUCUGGCCGAUCGGACGGUAGACCGAGCGGUUUGGAAAAUACGGCAAAAUUAGAAAAAAUUCAGGAAUCGGAGAAAUCCGUGCCCCAAAUCAAUGAAUUAGUCUUUGUCAAGACUAACCAAAUUCCUUCUGCUAAACCAUUUAAACGGUCGUGCAGAAUAAUCAAAUGUACUAGCAUUGCUAAUACGAAAAGAACAAGCUUAACUAAGGAUUUAGUUAACAAAUUCAAAAACUACAGGACAACCUCGAAUAGAGGUACACUUUCAAGAACGAAAACACAGGAAACAACCAAAAAACAAGUUACAGAAGAAAAGAAGGACCCUAAAGAAGAAAUGGCAACCUCAAACAUUGAAGUCAUGGACCAAGACGGAUUCCAGAUGGCAAAAGUUUCGAAGAAAUCAGGAAGCGAAAAUAUUAUCGACGCACGCGGUAGAGCAGGAACUUCAUCCGGUAUACCGACAAGCAACGUGUUCGAAAUAUUCAAGCGUCCUGAUCUUCAAAACUCAGGCAACGAAAAUCCAACACAGCAAGAAAAGAAGACAAGAAUUCCUCCUAUCGUCCUUCAGAAUGGUAUAGGACACUAUACCAACUUAGUAAAGAACUUAACUGCUUUGCUAGGGCAUAAGAACUUUUCUAUUGCCCCUGCGGGUAAGAGCGGUACAAGAGUCUUUACUACAAGUAUGGACGAUUUUAACAAGGUUAAAGAGAACCUAGUUAAGGAGAAUUUAGGAUUCCAUACCUUCUCGCAAAAAGAAGUUAUCACGAAAAAGAUCAUUAUGCGAGCAGCACCUAGGAUGGACCUGAACGAAGUUACACAAGAAAUGAGAGACGCUGGAAUCGAAGCGAAGAUAACAGCACUAAAACCUAAAAGUGGCUUAGACGGAAGUACUUACCUCGUGCAGGUACCUAAGUCUCAAGACCUGAAGGACAUAAAGAAGAUCACUGGAGUUCAGAACAUCAGAGUUAGGCUCAGAAGAAUCUCAGAAACCAACAACAUCGUCAGGCAGCUCCUCCAAGCAGACCAGUACACCCAUCGACGUACAGGAACGUUUCUAGCGGUAUGUCAUACGCACAAACCGCUAAAAACUCCUAUCAACCACGACAGGCAUCUAAUCAACAAAAGCAAGAAGAAAUAA